ACCUCUACAACACCAAACUCACCACCCAGCGCAACCACUCCAAUCGCGCAAAACAAACCGCAAACAUGCAGCCAACUAUUCGCAGGAUGGCGGGCCACAACCACGGCAUAAUCCACGCGGAUCCCGCCCUCAUCAAAUGGGCCAACAUGACUGUCAACCGCCACAAGUACUUCCGCUGGACGCGACGAACCGCUUGGCUCUCUUUCGCCUACAUGGUCUUGGUACCGAGUAUUCUGGGCACCGCCGGAUACAUGACUGAGGGAAAGUGGGAAAUGCGCGGCAAGCGGAGGGGUGACAUGAUCUCUGAGUUUUAGACGUGAGGUCUUAGGUGCCGAGUGGAUACACGUAGGCAGUGUAUAUAUGGAAUCAAGUGGUUUGACUGAUGUUGGUAUUACAAGUUUGUACCUGAUAUUUAUGUGUGCAGCAGUAUUCGUCUUAUC